CAGUGGGGCUGAGGGGCUUAUGAGCGAUGGAACAGGCUCUGUGUGUUGAAAUAUCAGCGUUUGGGCUUUUCUGACGAGGAUUCAAGAAAGGCGUUGAAACCAAAAAUGAGCAGCGUCUCCUAACUGGACCAGACAAUGGAAGUAGCUUCAUGCAGCACUAACAAUUCACCCCUGGGAAACAAGAACGCACUAAAUCAGGCUACCUCAGUCAGAGGUAGCUAAAAACUAACGCGGCACAUUUGUUCAUUGGGAUGCGCGUAAAAAGGCGCGCGGAGGAAAAGAGCAGACGCGUAUGUAUAUUUUCCCAAUGACUUUGGAGACAUUCCGGCGCUCUGAGGAGAUAUAGUGCAUAGUUUCGGAUGUUUUAAAUGUUUGCGAUGGAGCGUCUUUGAAUGUUUUGGCGACUACGCAUGUAAUGCUGCUAUGGAUCGUCCGGAAUGAACAUCUGAAUUGGUCUCAUCGAGUUUUUUUUCACAGCGCUGCUUCCACCUGAAAUUCCGCAACCCGCGUGAAACUGGAGCUCCGCUUCACCUGCACAGCCGCUGUCGGGAAGAUGACCAGCUCCUUGUCUGUAUGCUCUUGAGAUUUGUUUGGCCUUUCUGGGAAUCUGAAACAAGCAAAGGACGAAUUGUUCACCUCAGAAGUGAGAGAAGAAGGAAUUGUAGGGUGCACUGACCUGUAGCGAACUACAUCCACUCAUCUCCAACCUGACACAAUGUUCGCACUCGGGAUUUAUUUGUGGGAAACUAUUGUGUUUUUCAGCUUGGCAGCGUCCCAACAAGCAGCGGCUCGGAAAGCUGCCACCCCAAUGCCCCCGUCAGAAUUCCUGGACAAGCUUAUGGGAAAAGUGUCCGGUUAUGAUGCAAGAAUCAGACCUAAUUUCAAAGGUCCACCUGUGAACGUAACAUGCAACAUUUUUAUUAACAGUUUUGGAUCCAUUGCUGAAACAACAAUGGAUUACAGAGUGAACAUUUUCCUGAGACAGCAGUGGAACGACCCACGGCUGGCCUACAGCGAGUAUCCCGAUGACUCCCUUGACCUUGAUCCCUCCAUGUUGGACUCCAUUUGGAAACCUGAUCUGUUCUUUGCCAAUGAAAAGGGAGCCAAUUUCCACGAGGUUACUACUGACAACAAGCUUUUGAGGAUCUCCAAAAACGGGAAUGUUUUGUACAGUAUAAGAAUAACACUGAUUCUGGCCUGCCCCAUGGACCUGAAGAAUUUCCCUAUGGAUGUGCAGACCUGUAUAAUGCAGCUGGAGAGCUUUGGCUACACGAUGAACGAUCUUAUAUUCGAGUGGGACGAGAAGGGAGCCGUGCAGGUAGCAGACGGUCUGACUUUACCUCAGUUUAUAAUGAAGGAAGAGAAGGAUCUGCGCUACUGCACCAAGCACUACAACACAGGGAAGUUCACCUGCAUAGAGGCUCGUUUCCACCUGGAGAGACAGAUGGGCUAUUAUCUGAUCCAGAUGUACAUUCCCAGUCUCCUGAUCGUCAUUUUGUCUUGGGUGUCCUUCUGGAUCAACAUGGACGCUGCCCCUGCCCGUGUAGGUUUGGGCAUCACUACUGUGCUGACCAUGACCACCCAGAGCUCAGGAUCAAGAGCUUCUCUUCCUAAGGUCUCGUAUGUGAAAGCCAUUGACAUUUGGAUGGCAGUGUGCCUUCUCUUUGUCUUCUCUGCUCUGCUGGAGUAUGCGGCCGUCAACUUCAUUGCACGCCAACACAAGGAGCUGCUGCGCUUCCAGAGGAGGAGAAGGCAUCUUAAGGAGGACGAGGCGGGAGACGGCCGAUUCAGCUUCGCCGCCUAUGGCAUGGGUUCGGCUUGCCUCCAGGCCAAAGACGGCAUAGCCAUCAAGGGCAACAACAACAAUGCGCCCACCUCCGCCAAGCCCCCUGAGAAGAGUGUGGAGGAAAUGCGCAAGCUCUUCAUCAGCCGUGCCAAACGGAUCGACACGGUGUCACGCGUAGCCUUUCCACUGGUCUUCCUCAUUUUUAACAUUUUUUACUGGAUCAUUUAUAAGAUCAUACGCAGCGAGGAUGUUCACAAGCAGUAAAGAGAUGCGAAUACACCCUCCUCCACGCCCCUCCCCACGUCCCACCGUGCCCGCCUUUCUCUCACUGCAGCCCUCUCACUCGAGUCCCCAGCAGAGGUAUUUAUUCCUUUUUUUCGUCUUUCCUGUCCUCCUGAAUAAUCCGGACCUGUGCAAUAGCAAUGCAGUAAAAUGCAUGAUAUAUGAAUGUGGCAAUAUAUUUACUAAAAAAAAAUGAAAAUGACUAAAAGUAAAUAUUCAACUUAAGAACUUCUGAACUGAUGACUGGGAAUCCAAGAGGAAAACGUGUAAAACUUUUUUUGCAACUUGAAGACGUACUGCAUUGCGAGAAUACGGAAAAACGUUACUGCUGUAAUAUAUCAUAUAUUUAAAUGAUAAUACUUCAGCCAUUGAAAAUGAAACAUUUUUGGGCGUCUCAAGGCAGUUUGGGGCUUCCAUGAAUACACAAUGAAAAUGUUGCAGGUCCCAGAGACCGAGAUGCGCUUUGGUACAUGUGUCCUGUGGUCUCAUGAUGUUUCAUUCUGAUAUCGAUUAUUUAUGGAUCUUGAUGAGUGCCAGUGAAACAAAUAUAUUUAUUCGAGCUGUGGUCAAUGUGUUCCUCUAUCUGUGCUCAUUUUCAGGUUUCUUUUUGUUUAAAACAUCAGAUUAUGUUCUGCUCAUGUGCCAAACGUCAUCCUUUAGGUUGACCAAAAAAAUUACUCCACAAUUCCAUUUAUUUAUUCAUGCAUUCACCUUUUGAUAUAUAACCUAAAUAAACUAAAGCUAAAAUACAUGGGGGUGUGAAAAAUAAAUAUAAAUAUAUGUCAAAUAAAAUAUACUUUUAACUCUCUGCAUAUCUUUGGUUUUGGCAUUUUCAUCAUGGACAGAAAGAAAAGCAAAGGGAUCUUUCAUAACUCAUAUUUCAUACAGUGUUAUUUUUCUAAGUGUGGUUUAGCAGUACAGCCAGUGCCAUGAUAA